CAUAAAUGCACCACAACUCUCUCUCUCUCUUUCUCUCAUGAAACUCUCUCUUUCUCUGGUGAGAGAGAGGAGAGAGAGAAGAUGCACUUAUAUUACCUGUGCUGCCAGAAGUACUGCAGUAAGUAAAUGAAACAAAAAUUAGACUCAAAAUUCUCCCAUCACUGGAGCAACAAUUAUCUUCGCUCAGUUUUAGAUUUUUAAAUACCCUUCAGUACAGCAUAGCACAGAAACUGUCUUCUAGAGAGAGAGAGAGAGAGAGAGAGAGAGGGGUAGCUAGUGCUAUGGCAGCCCAAAGGUCUGUACUAUUGUUUUGCUUACUCUCUGUUUCAUUCACGAGCAUUAUGGGUUCAACAGAAGAGCAAGAGAGAGAUCGGAUCUCGGCACUUCCGGGUCAACCCGCGGUGGCAUUCUCGCAGUAUUCGGGCUACAUUACGGUUAACAAGCAACACGGUCGAGCCCUCUUCUAUUGGUUGACUGAAGCUACUUCCAAUCCUCAGAGCAGACCUCUUCUUCUUUGGCUCAAUGGAGGACCAGGUUGUUCAUCAGUAGCAUAUGGAGCAUCAGAGGAGAUAGGACCAUUUCGAAUUAAUAAAACUGGUUCAUCUCUCUAUCUCAACCAAUAUUCCUGGAACAGAGAGGCAAAUCUUCUUUUUCUGGAGUCACCAGCUGGUGUUGGUUUUUCAUACACAAAUACAAGCUCUGACCUUAAGGAUACCGGGGACAAGAGAACUGCUGGCGAUGCUCUAGCUUUUCUUGUAAGAUGGUUCUCAAGGUUUCAUCAAUACAAACAUAGAGACUUUUACAUUGCCGGGGAGAGCUAUGCAGGACAUUACGUUCCGCAGCUGGCUAAGAAAGUUCACGAUUAUAACAAAGCGCAUUCCCAUCCAAUCAUAAAUCUGAAAGGAUUCAUUGUGGGGAAUGCAGUGACAGACAACUACCUCGACACCGUAGGAACGGUGGCGUUCUGGUGGUCUCACUCCAUAAUCUCGGACACCACCUACAAAUCAAUCCUCAAAAACUGCAACUUCAAAUUGGAUAACAACUCUCAGCAGUGCGACGACAUCGUUAACUACGCGGCCAACCACGAGUUCGGCAGCAUUGAUCCCUACAGCAUUUACACGCCCGCAUGCUUGACUUCUACUACCAACCACACUUCUUUGAGGCUCAAGAACACUCUGGUACGACGUCGUCGGGUGCUUUCUGGUUACGAUCCUUGCUCUGAGAACUAUGCAGAGAAGUACUACAAUAUACCAGAUGUUCAGAAGGCUCUGCAUGCCAAUACCACCGGUAUUCCUUAUAAGUGGACUGCUUGCAGUAAUGAUCUUUUUAACAAUUGGCAAGACUCUCAAUUUUCUAUGCUACCCACAUACAAGGAGUUAAUGGCAGCUGGUCUCAAAAUUUGGGUGUACAGUGGCGAUACAGAUUCAGUAGUACCAGUGACAGCCACCAGAUUCUCCUUGAGCCAUCUCAAUCUCACCGUUAAGACUGCCUGGCACCCCUGGUACUCUGGCUCCCAGGUAGGAGGAUGGACUGAGGUCUAUAAAGGACUUACCUUUGCCACGGUGAGAGGAGCUGGGCAUGAAGUUCCUCUGUUUCAGCCCAAGAGAGCUUUCCUUCUUUUUCAAUCAUUCUUGCAAGGAAGAGAGUUACCAAAGUCUUCCUGACAAGCUAGAUCCCUCAAGAGACAAUACAGUUCUGAGCCUUUUCUUCAUGUUUGAGCAAUUCAAAGCACUAAAAAUCCCCAUCAAAUUUGUCCUUUGUGGAGUUGGGGGAGCUGCUGUCUCGGCCAAGGGGGCCGUGCUCCGGUCUCUCUUCAAUGAUCGGAAACGUUCACUUCGUAGAGCUCGUUGAGUUGAACAAGCAGCUAAAAAAUAAGCUCGAUCGGAUAUCAUUAAGUGCCUAAUCGAAACCUUUUUGUCUUGAAAAGAAUGGAUCCGAAACACUGGAUCAAAUCUACUAGAACCCCUUAUUGGCAAGUUAUACGUGUUCCGAUCAGACACUUAAUUAUAUUCGAUCAAACUGAUUUUUUGCAUACUUGUUCAACUCGACGAGCUCUACUAAGUGAACGUUUUUGAUCAUCGGAGCAAGACCGGAGCAGGACCCCCUCAGCCGGGACAGCACGAUGCUGUCCCUUGAAAGGACAGCAGCUCCCCCAGUCCCAAAUUUGUGGGUUAAAGUGACUAGAAUAGAAAUCAUUAAUCAUUCAGAUUGGUAAUUGUAUCAUUCAUUCAGUUUGGUAAUUGUAAGUGCACAUCUCAUUUAAUAAGCAGGAGGAAAAUUAAAAUGAGUCAAUUGAAAAUUUAAUUUCACA